CAAAGCUUCGUUGAACGUAAAUCAAUCGUUUGUUUUUCCUGCUCUUCAGUAUUGAAUAUUUAAACAGUACAAAUGUACGUUUCGGAUAAUUGUGCUGCUCAAAGCAUCGGACCGGCCAAUGAACUAUUUGGAAUGUUAAUCCAAACCAUAUUAGCCGCUCAAUGUGCAAUAUCACCACCAGAACUGUGGCCAAAAGACUACGGACCAACUGCAUUCGAAAAUGGAAUACCGGAGCUGGAUUAUAUUGUCGUUGGAGCUGGAUCUGCAGGUUCGGUAGUUGCUGCUCGGUUAAGUGAAGAUCCGGAACAAAAAAAUUUGCUUCUAGAAGCUGGUGCAGAUCCACCGAUAGAAUCUGAAAUCCCUAAUCUUUUCUUCCUGUUGAAUACGGCGAAUUCAACUUCAAACUGGGGCUACUAUGCCGAAAAGAGUGAUGUCGCAAGUAAAAGUUUCGAGAAAGGUGUUCAUUGGCCACGCGGUCGAGUUUUGGGUGGUUCACAUAGCUCCAAUUCAAUGGUAUACGUUCGUGGUAGCGACAAAGAUUUUAAUCAGUGGGCAGCAGCCGGUAAUCCCACGUGGGAUUAUGAAAGUGUGUUACUAUUUUUUUAAAAAUCUGAAGGAAUGAAAGUGCCCUAUGUCUUGCAAAAUGAAGAUGCUUUGCGCUAUCACAAUACCGAUGGACCAUUGAAAAUUGAUGUAUAUCAUAGCAAAGACGUGAUAAACGGUGUAGAAAUAGAAGCGGCGCAGGAACUGGGUUACAAGUAUCUAUCGGAUGUAAAUGCAAAUGAGACAAUUGGUAUUUUCCAGGUUCAGGGCACAUUGAAUGGCAAUCGUCGUUGUUCCACGGCAAAAGCAUUUUUGAUACCUGCAAAAGAUCGGCCGAAUUUGUUUAUUAUAAAGAAUGCGCACGUCACCAAAAUGAAUAUUAACGAAAACAAACGUGUGACUGGAGUGCAAUUUAUCGUUGGCAAUCGAAAGAAAGUAGCAAAUGUUCGAAAAGAAGUGAUUUUAUCAGCGGGUGCUGUGAACACACCGCAAAUAUUGAUGCUAUCGGGAAUUGGACCGAAAAAGCAUUUGCAACAACAUGAAAUCGAUGUGAUUGCCGAUCUACCUAUUGGCAAAAAUCUGCAAGAUCAUCCCGUGGUGGGUAUACCGCUGGCGAUAAAAAAUCCAAAUGAUUCAUUUGUCUAUGACAAUUCACUCUCGGAUAUGCUGUACAAGAACAUAAUGGGUGAAUUUGGUCCGUCAGGAAUUGGCUUGUUCGAUUUGCUCGGAUUCUACGAUACAAAAGAUAAAAAUGGAAAAUACCCCGACAUCGAAACGCAUCAUGUUCAUGUGGAGAAAAAUAGUGAAAAAAUGCUUCGUUCUUAUAUGCGUGGAAUGCUGGGCUACCACGAAACCCUAACUCAGUCAAUUAUCGAUGCAAAUAAAGAUGCGGCGCUCUUUUUCUGUCUCAACAUAUUGCUCAAUACAAAAUCGACGGGGGAAAUUUUAUUAAGAAGUACCGAUCCAUUUGAUCAUCCGAUCAUUCAUGCCGGAUAUCUAACCGAUGAUGGUGAUGAAGACUUAAAAACGUUGGUAAGAGCCAUACGACUGAUGCAAAAAUUUAUAAAAACCAAAGCAUAUCGCCGCCAUCAAAUUGAAGAGGUGCCUUUGGCCAUUCCCGAAUGCAAUGCCAUCGAUGAUCACAACAGCGAUGAAUAUUACGAAUGCAUUGUGCGUCAUAUCAUUUCGACACUUUUCCAUCCAGCCGGAACAGCUAAAAUGGGUAGAGACAGUGAUCCGACCGCUGUCGUUGAUUCACGCCUUCGUGUCAAAGGCAUCACCAAUUUAAGAGUUGCAGAUGCCAGUGUUAUGCCAGAAAUUACAAGCGGAAAUAUCAAUGCGCCCGUGAUCAUGAUCGGUGAAAAAGCGGCUCACUUCAUAAAGGAAGAUUGGUCAGAUAAAAAUCGUGACGAGCUAUAGAACUGUUACAAAAUUAAUCUAAUAAAAAUGUCUGGUCGUUGCAUUUCGUUAAUAAAGAAUUGCGCUCUCUUUAAA